AUGUUUGGUUCAUUGGAUGUAUUGCCUACGGGCCUUAAUUUAACACUUGAUGAAGAAGAUGAACUUGUUAAAAGUGUUGUCAACUUUUUGGGUCAUCGACGACGAGAUAAAUUUGCUUUUCCAUUACUUAUAACACUUUAUUCAUUUAUAUUUGCAACUGGAUUAACUGGAAAUCUUUGUACUUGUUUUAUAAUAUGGAAAAGUCGUGAUAUGCAUACACCGACAAAUUUUUAUCUUUUUUCACUUGCUGUUUCCGAUCUUCUAUUAAUCAGUCUUGGUCUUUCUGUAGAAAUGUAUAAUAUAUAUGAAUCAUGGCCAUGGAUUUUUGGUGAAGCAUUUUGCGUAUUUCGUACAGUUGUACUUGAAAUUGUAACAUCAGCAUCAAUAUUAACUGUACUAUGCUUUACAGUUGAACGUUAUCUAGCUAUUUGUUUCCCAAUUAUAUCUCAAAAAGUGCUUGGUGGUUUAAGUCGUGCACUAAAAAUGAUUAUGAUUGUUUGGUUUCUAUCAUUCCUACUUGCUGUCCCAUAUACAUUUACUGCUGGAGUUUUUGUUAGUGUAACAGGUGACAUACGUAAUCAAACAGUUCAAAUUCUUGACAGUCGUAUCUGUGCUAUACGUCCUGAUUAUUGGGAACCAAUGUUAUAUUAUAUGGCAGUAACAACAUUUCUUGUUUUUGUCAUUCCAAUCUUUGUUAUAAGUGUACUUUAUAUACUAAUGGGUAUAACAUUAUAUAAAGCAAGUCGUCGACCUACGAAUGAUCGUCGUUAUAAAGUAAAUGGUGUUAAACAUGAACAAAUUUUAUUGACUCAAAAUGGUGAACAUCAUGUAUGGUCAAGACAAAAUAAUGUUUCAAUGGUUAAAUCAACACCAACAAGAAAUUCUCGACGAGCUGUACUUAAAAUGCUUGUGGCCGUUGUUAUUGCAUUUUUUAUUUGUUGGGCACCAUUUCAUACACAACGUAUAACGGCUUUUGUUACACGAUUAUUGGACAAAGCAAAUAAGGAGAUAACAUCAGAUGCAGCAACGAAAUUUCAAGAAAUUCUUUUUUUUGCCUCAGGUAUACUUUAUUAUCUAUCAGCUACUGUAAAUCCCGUCCUAUAUAAUAUAAUGUCAAAACGUUAUCGAAAUGGUUUUAAACGAACAUUAUGUCGUUGGACAAUUCCAACUCCCACAACAUCUUAUAGAAAUUUUCGUUCAAAUGGUUUAAAUAAUAAUAAUAAUAAUCCAAGUCCAUUAUCUCCAACAUUAGCUUGUACAAAUAAUCUUCAUCAUCAACAACGAUUAACAUAUCCAAAUAGUUUGAAAAAAACUGAAAAAAAACCUAAUAAUUCAUUAUGUCAACGUCGUAAUCAUAGUCGUCGUGAUAAUAUAUUUACAUUUUCAAUGUCAAAAUAUAAAUUUGUUAUUGGUUCUCGUACACUUGCUGAACAUCGAAGUUGUCCUGUACAUAAUCAUCGUCGUCAAACAUCAUUUCAUUAUCGAUUUUCUACAACUGAACAACAAGAACGUGAUGAACAACAACGACAAUUACAAACACAAUUACAACAAAGAAAACUUUCAUCAAAUUUUACGCAACAAUCGAAAAAAAAUCGCGCAAAAAUUUUAUUUUCAACUGCAUCACCAGCAACACCACCGAAUUCAUCGAAUAGUGAACCAAAAACUCUAACACAAUUAUCUAAUGGAAAGCAUUAA